AUGAAGGUCCCCCGUGAAGGGAAUAUUGGACAUCCUCAAACCGUCUGCUCCCUGGACUUAUCCCAGCACAAAAGCAUCUCACAUGCCACCUUUUCUCUUGAUGUGACACUUUUAGGAGUGAAAAACUUCAUCAUGGCCAACAUGACGGGUCGUUUUCUUCCUGGCGACGUAGAGAGCUUCGUACUUCGGGCACCAAACGGCACCCAACUUGUCCAACUGAAGGUGCAACGAACAGAGGGCUCCCAGAUCUACGUGAGCCGGCAUCCAAUGGACCCGAUUCAUGGGCAUUACUACCUGCAGGUGAUAAGCACUUUGGCCAAGUGUACAUAUUCUUGGCACCUCUCCCUCCCCAUCCGCAUACAGCCUUCAGCACAGCCAUGUCUUUCACUGUAG